AUGAACCCAUUACCAGGUCAGUUUUUUGCCCGCUCACUGGACCGUAUACUGGUAGAGGAUCUGAACAUACCGCAUGUCACCUGGGGUCUGCAAAACAACGUUACCCUGAGCGGCAUAUUGACCGUCCAGAGUCUGGUCUUUGUUACCAUCUACAACUUGCCGCCAGAGCAAGAACCCAUGCUGGAUGUGGUCGACCAAACGUUGGAUGGUCGUCAUGAGCUACGCGUUCUCUUCAUCCUCAAAACACGAGAAAUGUCGGCACCUUUAAUAGAGCAGAUAUAUGCAUUAUUUGUUUGGUGCUGGCAGCGGAACUUUAUCAAUGUUGCCUUGACCUAUCAGCGAAUCACAUUUAUCAAUGGAAGCUAUAAUGUGCAUGAUGAGCUCUUCAGCUAUACGCCCUUCCCCAAACUGAGGGUACUUAAUGUGACCGGCCUUGGCGUUACCUUUAACUGGGAAGCCCUUGAUGUCAGCAAUGUAAAAGGCUAUGAGUUUCGGGUGCCCGUCUUUCAGGAUGUGGUUCAAGCUUAUGUGCUGCCCAAUGGACAACUGUACGGAACUCUCGGUUUGAUGCUUAGCAACUACAUAAUUCAUAUUAAUGGGCGAUUGCGUGUGGAGGAAACACCUCAUGUUAACGAGGGCAACUACCACUCUUACACGCUGAUGUUGGCGUCACGUGGCGUUAUCGAUAUUGGUGUGCAUGGAUAUUCGCAGAUGACACUCAGUUCGGAGCAGGCAGAGGGCGGUUUACUAACCUCAAACACGAAAACCUGCCUCAUGGUGCCCUGGCAGAAGGAGCAGCCUCUUAACAGACUCAUACGCUUCAGUUUCCGUUACAAUGGAAUACUAUUUCUGACUGCUUUCAUACUAUGGAAUGUGAGGAUGGGAUAUCUAUCGGCGGCUCUAAGCGUCAAGCUCCCACCGCCUCAGAUAAAUAAUCUUGAAGAUUUCCUGCGAUCACCAUUGCGGAUCAUGGUCACUGAAAGUGAAGUUGCAAUGUACUUCACACGCGAAUUACUGCCGGCAGCUUUGCAGCCGCGUUUGCUAGUGGUCAACGCGUCCACUUUGUUGGAGCACCGGAGUAGCCUUAAUACCAGCUACGCCUACUGCAUCACUUCUCGACGUUGGGAGCUUGUUCGGUUUCAGCAGGCGAGACUGCGUCAUCCGCUAUUUCGCCGCCUCGAUGCAAAUCUCUGCACAUCGACUUAUUUUAGAAAGAUUCCCCUGCAACGGAACUCGCCAUUUAGUGAAAAUUUGGCGCAGUUUUAUAUUGCAUCCCUUUACACUGGCUUCUACUGGAAAUGGGAGCAAUUGAGUAUUAUGGAGGCAGUGAAUCUGGGUUUACUUAAGAUCUAUCAAGAUGUGGAGCUGUCAUAUGCAAGCUUGAAUCUGAAAAGUAUUGAAGUGCUUCUAAAGAUCUCGGCCCUGGACAAAGUUCGUGUUCGAGGCACGCCCGCUGACAUUCUCAACUAUUGGCCCCAACGCAGCUGCUCGCGUAACUAG